GAUGGUCUCAUCUUUGCCUCCAGAGUUCCUUCAGGAGGUGGAACCAUCUCUUAACUCAGCAGGAGGUUCCAGCUUAGAUUCCAGAGACCACUAUGGAGGCAGAACCUUCUCUGACCCAGCAGGAGGCUACGGUUCAGACUCCAGAGCUCCCUAAGGAGGUAGAAUCUUCAAGGCAGCAAAUGGUCCCAGUUCAGCUUCCAGAGCCACCUAAGGAGGUUGCAGCUCAACCUCCAGCUCAUUAUGAGGUGACAGUUCCAACACCAGGCCAGGAUCAAGCUCAGCAUUCAAUAUUGCCCAGUGUCACAGUUCAACCUUUGGACCUGGGGCUUACCAUCAUUCCAGAACCCACUAUGGAGGUUGAACUUUCUCCAACCAUACAGGAGACCCCAACUCAGCCUCCUAAGAAAGUUGUACCCCAACUUCUAGUAUAUCAAGAGGUAACAAUUCCAACACCAGGUCAGGAUCAAGCUCAGCAUCCAAUGUCACCCAGCGUUACAGUUCAACCUUUGGACCUGGGACUUACCCUCACUCCAGAACCCACUACGGAGGUUGGACAUUCUACACCCCUGAAGAAGACUCUAGUUCCUCCAAAGCAUCCUAAGGUGACACUUCCACAUCCAGACCAGGUUCAGAACCAGCAUUCACACCUGACUCAAGUCACAGUUCAACCUCUGGCCCUGGAGCUUACCAUAACUACAGAACCUACUACAGAGGUUAAACCGUUUCCAACCGUGGAGGAGACCUCAACUCAGCCUCCAGACCCGGGGCUUGCCAUCACUUCAGAACCCACUAUAGAGAUCGGACAUUCCACAGCCCUGGAGAAGACUACAGCUCCUCAUCCAGACCAGGUUCAGACUCUGCACCGAAGCCUGACUGAAGUCAGAGAUCCACAUACUGAGCUAGAACCUACUCAGGAUUCAUUGGUGCAGCCUGAAAGUCACGCCCAAAAUAAGGCUUUAACUGCACCAGAGGAACAGAAGGCCUCCACAAGCACCAACAUAUGUGAGCUCUGUACCUGCGGAGAUGAGACACUGUCGUGUAUUGAUCUCAGCCCAAAGCAGAGGCUCUGCCAAGUGCCUGUGCCAGAGCCCAACACCUACAAUGGCACCUUCACCAUCUUGUAAGAAUCACCUUUCCUCAAUUGUCUUCUGUGUCCUGCCUCACAUGGCAGCCUUUUCCUGGGCGCCUUCCUGGGCCGCCUUUAUCUCCCCAAGCCAUACUGACAACUGACUCUGCUUUCACUUUUCUUGUCAACUCUUCCUUCUCCUCAUUCUCCUUUAAUGUUAGGCCCCUUCUCCAAUCUUUUGCUUGUGAUUGCUCAGCAACAUACAUCUUAAAUGUACAAACAAAUUAUUGAGUGAAAGAAGUGAUACAGAAAAUA